AUGCUCGAGGCAUACCAGAAUAUUCCCCAACCUCCGCCGCCCCAAUCGCCUGACGACCCAGUCGAAAGCAUUAUUAUGGCCAUGAUGGAAUGGUCCGACGCCACUCACCUUGCUCAAUUUGGUGCAGCCUCCCUCUGGCCGGGGUACACCUUCUUUGGAAACCAUCCCAAGAGCUUUCGAACCAAGCCAUCCUCUAAUGCCGGUUUCCAUCAAGUCUAUUUUGCGGAGUAUGACUGUGAUAUGCCUGGCGAGGUUUAUACACAUCUGAAACGAGAACUAAUGCAUCGAAUAUGGGAUCUUUUAUUCUCGGAUGACUUCAUGGAAGCGUAUGACAACGGUAUAAAGAUUCGGUGCUUCGAUGGUAUCGUUCGACUGGUUUUUCCUCGCUUGUUCAUCUAUGGUGCCGACUACCCUGAAAACUACUAUCAGAAGUCUGGGCGGCCAUUCAUGCCCUCGGUGUUUUAUUGCCAAGGCGCAGAUUGCGGGACGGGGACUGUAAAUGAUAUGAAGCGACGCCAAAACCUCCGAGUAGAUGAUCGUCCUCGGCGACAAACUAUUGAAGACACGCGAAGGGCUAUCUUUCAGAGUGGCAAGCUCGUUAUCAAGGGCUCGAUUGACAAUAUGCUCAAGGAUAAAUCUUGGGUUCCUGUUCGGAAUGCCUUUUCCAAACUCAACACGGAGAAGACAUCUUUCAAUUUUCAUUCCAUAUUCGUUCCCGACUUGUUGCAUGAGGUGGAACUCGGAGUUGCCAAGGCGAUCAUCACACAUUUGAUUCGCAUGCUCCAAACAUUCAAGAAUGUGGACGAGUUCGACCAACGAUUUCGCCAGGUUGACACGUUUGGCCGUUCAGUAAUACGGGCCUUCGGUCACAACGUUUCGGAUAUGAAGUAUGCGGCUGCUAGGAACUUUGAAGAUGUGCUACAGUGCAUUCUUCCAGUCAUUGACGGCUUGUUUCCAAUGCACCAAAAACUGGUGGAUCAGCUCUGUUUCGAGCUUGCGGUCUGGCAUGGAUAUGCUAAACUCCGUAUGCACACGACGACAACCAUCCAGCUUUUUCGAACAGCAACGACAGCCCUUCUUGCAACGAUUCGACGAUUUUCUCGAGAGACCCUUGAUGUGAAGACGCCCGAGCAACAUCACUAUAUCUCAGACUCGAAGAGAACCUUUUGGAAUCUCUCUGACCUUGCGGAUAUCGGACUUUCAUCUGAUAGCUCAGACUCCGGUAGUGAUGGACCGCCGUUAGAACCCAUGGAUAUGGAUUCAAACGUUUUUAACCCUGCUCUUCAAGACUUUACUCUCAAGCUCAAGCCCUAUUUCCGGCGACGACUGCUUCAACUCGAGGACGACAACAUUCAGUUUAGUCCACAAGAUUUAAUGAAUGUUGUGGUGGAGAAGGACUAG